GAGGAAGGUAGGCCGUGAGGCUGAUGGCAAUGAACGACUUGGUCUUGGUAGAGAAGAAGAACAAGUCCAUGACCGUGAACCUAAGAACAAGUCCUUAUACAAGUAAAAACCUUCUUUUUUUUUAAAAAAAAAAAAAAUCUUUAGUUCCCCACAUUUGCAGGCCGUAGAGUGCACAGCAUUGCUUAUAAGAACAACCCCUCCAUCAUUUAGUUUGUUCGAUCUGCCAAUCAAACAGUCCUUCAUUCAUUUAUUUGGAUGGGGGAUCCUUCUGCCAUUUGCCUCCUUUGUGAAGGCCUGCAAUGCAUCUGCCCAACCGUCUGGUCCCAUUUAGAGGAACCCUUGGCUGAAGAGAUCUGCUCUUUCCUUUGCCUGGAAAAAAAUUGGUCCUCCCUUGAAACAGAGACAGAUAAUUUACAGGCCACACAGAAGGACGUUGAUGCAAAGGUGCAAGCAAUUCUGGUUCAGCAGAAGGUUCCUUCAGCUAAAGUCUCAUUGUGGCAGGAGAGGGCUGCAAACCUCCCACAACAAAGUCCUACUCGCGAGGACUAUGAAAACUUGGGGAGAUGCCUCUGCCGCUGCACCCCAAAUCUUCUUCAUCGCUACCGGCUCGGCAGGAAGGUCAGCAAGAAGCUGCAGGAGGUGGUUCGCUUAGAUGAAGAAGGGAAUGGUCUCACUUCGGUAGCCAACGACCCACAGCAGCCUUUCAUCGUGGAGCGUCCCAGAAGACCGACCUUUGGCUUGGCUUCGGUUCUGAAGCGGCUCCGGGACUACUUCGACAACGAGGAUAACAGCAUCAUUGGCAUCUGGGGGCUGGGGGGAGUUGGGAAGACAACACUUCUCAACGAAUUCAACAAUGCGUUGGGGACAAAAAGUAACGAUUACCAUGUUGUGAUCAACAUCGAAGUGUCCAACUCUGAGACACUGAAUGUGGUGGAUAUCCAGCAGAUGAUCGCUGAUAGGUGGGGUCUUCCAUGGAAUGACAACGAAAGCGAGAUUUUACGAGCUAAGGUGCUGCUGAGGGCCUUGAAAGAGAAGAAGUUUGUGCUCCUCUUGGACGACGUGCGGGAGGAAUUCAGCCUGGAGGCUGUGGGAAUCCCCACCCCCAGCAGGGAGAACCACUGCAAGCUGAUCAUCGCCUCGCGGUCAAAGGAUGUGUGCAUCGCCAUGGGUGCCCAUCAAUGCUUGAUCAAGAUGCAAUGCUUGGAGGAAGCAGAAGCAAGGAAGCUGUUCCUCAGCAAUUUGACCAGUACAGCGAAGAGCGUGGUUGAGGAACCUGCGGUAAAAGAACACGCCAUGGCUAUCGUCCGCAGCUGCGGGGGCCUGCCGCUUGCUCUCAAUGUCGUUGGAAGGGCUGUGGCAGGCUUGAAGCACCCCAGGGAGUGGAGACAUGCCGCGAGAGCAAUGAAGGCAUUUCCAGAACGGAUUCCUGGUGUUGAUGAUCUUGUGUUUGCUAAAUUAAAAUACAGCUACGACAAGCUCGACCACACGUUGCAGCAAUGCUUCCUGUACUGCACCCUCUUCCCGGACUAUGGCUUCAUCAAGAAAGAUCAACUUGUGGAUUACUGGAUAGCUGAAGGGCUCAUUGAACCUGCCGCACUAUCAGACGGAGGGCGUCCCACCCACCGUGAUCUAUCUGAUGAAGGGUACUUCAUCAUACGUAGUCUAAUUUCUAAAAGCUUGCUGCAGAGCAGUGACACGGAGAAAGUAAAGAUGCAUGACAUAAUCCGGAAGCUGGGCCGCCGGUUGCUCGAUCCGGGGAAGUUUCUGGUGCAAGCAGGUCAGGGUUUGGAGGAAGCGCCGGAAGUUGACUGGAAAGGUUUCACGAGGAUAUCUCUAAUGUCCAAUGAUCUCAUCAAGCUCCCUGUCUCACCAAAUUGUGGAAAUCUCCUCACCUUGCUGAUCCAACACAACCCAAAUUUGGAGAAACUCAGCACACAGUUCUUCAGAUCCAUGUCUAGUCUGAGGGUCCUUGAUCUUUCUUACACUUCUAUCGCUAGGCUUCCGGAGAUUGAUGCAUUGGCCAACCUGGAGCACCUCAAUCUAUGUUACACGCGCAUCACUGCACUGCCCAAGCGACUAUGGGUUCUGAAGCAACUGAGGCACCUGAAUUUGAGCAAAACCUCUGCCCUGAAGGAGAUUCCUAAUGGCACCAUAUCGAAGCUCGACAAGCUUAGAGUUCUGAACCUUUACAAGAGUAAUUAUGGAAUGUGGGAAGUGGAAGACCUGAAUCUAGAUAAUCUGAGAGAGCUGGAUAUCCUCGGAAUCACCAUAUAUUCAGAAGCAGUUCUUAGGAAGUUAAAGGGGACCGAUCCACUUGCGAAAUCAACACACCUUCUGAGUCUGAAAUACUGCGAAGGCAUGGAGUCCAUCCUUCUCUCCGGCUUGAAGCAUAUGGUGCAUCUUGAAGAGCUCUCUGUGGACUCCUGCAAUGAGUUGAAGGAGCUGACAGCUGACGACAACGAACAGGAACCUUCUUGUCUGAAGGUGCUCACGCUGGCCAUUCUUCCAAACCUCGAGAAAGUAUUGGUGAGUUCAGCCGGCCUUCACCUUCAGAAUCUUUGCAAAUUAACUAUCCACUCAUGUCCCAAAUUGGAGGGAGUUACCUGGGUCCUACAUCUAGAAUCCCUUGAAAGGCUCAUUAUAUCUAAUUGCCAUGGGAUGGAAAGCAUUGUAGAAGAGAGGAUCAAUGGGAAGCAGACAACGAGACCAACUCUUAUGACUGGAGACGAUGGAAUAGAAGGAAAGAAGAAAGAAGGCUAUGAUGCACUGAAUGCCAUGUCCGAAAGCGAUAAAAUAGAGCAAGUGAAAGAAGAGCAGACUGGUGGACCAAUGCGCUGCAAGGAUCCCUUUUCUAGACUCAAAACAAUAAUCCUGAACGACCUACCGAAGCUGGAGAGCAUCUGUCCUGCAAGGGACUUUCCUUGUCUAGAGAGCAUCAGAGUGGAAGCAUGUCCAAAUCUGAAAGAACUUCCAUUGCUCCACAGCUGCAAAGCAAAGAAACUGAAACAGAUAUGUGGUUCUCGAGUUUGGUGGAAUAAUCUGGUGUGGGAAGAGAACUCAAAAGCAAUUUUCUGUGCCCACUUUACCCCAAUCUGAUGGAAAAAAUGGUUGUCCAAUUCGGCCACCAAAGUAGGACAAUUAUGAGGUACAUGAGUUGUUCCUCCAUAGAGGUGCUUCCCUGGGCAUUUCCAUGCGUUUGUUCUUUCAGUCUUUAUGCUUUGGCUUUUUGUUGAGUUCUCCAUUUUUCUAUUACAUGAACAUGUAUUUUGGGAU